AAGAUCAACCCUUACACCUCUCUCAAGUGGGAGGAAAUCACGCCGAGGACCAGUAUAAAAGCGGUCGGUAAAGUCGAAGAAGCAUCACUCAAGUGCCCACCACCGAUCUCAUCCCGCACAACAACAUGAAGGUCUUUGUCGUUCUCGCCCUUCUGGCUGCCGUGUGCGCCGAGCCUCCCGUUGGCAACCAGUACCUGCCCCCUGGACAGGGUGGUCAGUCUGGCUACAGCAGGGGCGGCCCUGGUGGCUUCCCUAGCGGCGGCGGCGGUGGCUUCUCCCCAUCCGCCUCCUCCAACAACGGAUACUCGUCGGGGGGUCCCUCAGGCGGCGGAUUCUCUUCCGGCGGCAGCAAUGGAUAUCCCUCCGGAGGCCCUGGAGGAUUCGGUAGCAGGAACGAUGAGGGCUCCAACGAGCCUGCCAAGUACGAGUUCAAGUAUGACGUGAACGACCCUGCCAGCGGAUCCAACUUUGGUCACCAGGAGAGCCGCGACGGCGACUACGUCCAGGGAGAGUACCGCGUCCUGCUGCCCGACGGCCGCACCCAGAUCGUCAAGUACGAGGCUGACCAGAACGGCUACAGACCCACCAUUGAGUACGAGGGUGAGGCUAACAACGGCGGCCAGGGCGGUCAGGGCGGAUACCCUGCGUCCGGCCAGGGCAGUUUCGGCGGCGCCUCCGCCAGAGCACCUGGUUUCGGCAACGGCCCUUACUAAUUGUGAAAUAACCUUCCUGUAAAUUAUUGUGUUCCAUUUAAGUUACCAUGAAGGCAAAUUGUGAAAUUAUUUUGCUCAAAAUUUCAAUUCCUUUUCUGUACGACCAGCGAAAAGAAUCUUGUGUUAAUUUUUAUCAAUUGGAAUAUUGAAAAUUCACCUUUCGAGAAACUGUAUUGUUAUAUGUCUAUAUGCUUAUUUUUACGAUGAUAUCUAUAUGUAUACUGCACCAACUAAAAAGUGCCUCUAUGGUUUUAUUAAACUGUGAAUAUAACUAACAGUCAUUAAAUCAAAACUGAAAUAACG